UUCUGCCCUGGUCUGUACCUUUAGAAGUGUGACGCUUGUCAGUACUGGACGCAGCCUGCUGCGGGACGGACGAUAUCAUCACACAGCCAAGAUGGUGGCAUUUAACUGGAAGGCUUUGGAGAAUUUCCCAUUGCUGAUGUACAUUUUGGCAGCUAAAACAUUGAUUCUUUGCUUAGCGUUUGCUGGAGUAAAGAUGUACAAGAGCAAAAAAAUUGAAGAAAAACUGAAGAGGGAACGUGAAGAGAAACUGAAAAGAGAAGCAGAGAAGGAUGAUUGAAGAGCCUCUCAGAUUUUCUGACACUUGGAAGCUUGGAUUGGAUUCCUUUCCUGGGAGAAUGAAGAAGCCUUCCUGUAGAUGAAGGAUAUGUCAAAGGAAUAAAACCCUGAAGAGUAACAUUGACUGAAACUGUAUCUCAACUUUUUAUACGUACAGCAAAAUAUCUAAGCCUCUAUUUAUGCAAUAAAAAAAUCCUUUGU